AUGAGCGAGAACCCCCAGCUGAAGAACUCCGACCUCUUCGAUGUCUCCCACAUCACCGCAGUCGUCACUGGUGGCGGCACCGGCAUUGGUCUCAUGAUCACCCAGGCCCUGGUUACCAACGGAGCCAAGGUUUACAUUACCGGCAGAAGAAAGGAGAAGCUCGACAAGGCAGUGGAGCUGUACAGCACUGGCCCUGGUAGCAUCCACGCCCUUCCUGGCGAUGUCAGUGACAAGGAGGACGUCAUUCGUCUUGCCAAGGAGAUGGAGUCAAAGGAGUCCAACGGCAUCCAAUUGCUGGUCAACUGUGCCGGUAUCGCCAGAGACAACGACACCAUGUUUUCUUCAAAUGGUCAGCCUGACAUGUCGGACGCAAAGGCCAUUUCCGAGCACUUCUUGAAGACCAGGCCUGAGCAGUUUGCCGACACUUUCAAGACCAAUGUUGCUGCUGUCUACUACAUGUCCAUGGCCUUCUUGCCUCUCCUGGCCAAAGGUCGUGAGGUUACCCCUGGCUACACUUCCAGCGUUGUGAAUGUGAGCUCUAUCAGCGGUGCCAUGAAGGGCUCGAGCAACGGCCAGUUCGCCUACGCCGCUUCCAAGGCCGCUGCCACCCACGUCAGCCGCAUGCUUGCAACAACCUUCAAGGACACCAAGGUUAGAUGCAACGUUAUUGCUCCAGGUGUCUUCCCUAGCGAGAUGACUGCAGGAAGCUCUGGUGACGACAACAAGAGCAAGCUUGAUAUGAAGCCCAGCAACCCUGCAGGCAGAUUUGGUCACGACUCUGACAUGGCAGCCACGAUCCUCUUCCUUGCUGGACGUGGAGGUGUCUUCUACAAUGAGCAGAUUCUCUACCCUGACGGUGGUAUGUUGAUAUUGUCAGGUGCCAUAUUUUCUGACAAUUGA